AUGGUCGUAGCACCACCCAUAGUCUCACAAGAUUUCAACACACGAACGAGGUUAUUAUCCUUGACCAUACGAGUAGUAGCAAAUGCCAGAGCCAGAGUCACUGCCAACGGUAGACCUUCAGGCACAGCCACAACCACAAUAGUAACAGCAGUAAUGAAAAUAGUCAUAAACUCCUCACCCUUUUGUGAAGGAGUCUUGACAGAUCCUGGCAACUGGACAAAGAAACGAAUCAUAAGAGCCACAAACAAGACAAUAGCAGCAGCAAAACCAAGCUUGGCAAUACCUUCGGCAAUAUUAUUUAGUUUCUCCUGUAAAGGAGUCGCCUCGGGCUCGUCUUGA